AUGACAUCCAAGGGAAAACCCCCAGAAACGGAAGUUGAAGUUCAAGGGCAAAUGUAAGUGCAAGGUCAAAUUAUGCUUUGGCUUGUUUGGCGGAAUUUGGCGGUAUAAACUGCUUGCGGUUUGUAAUCGUUUAGCGCUACUUUACUCUAGUUUUCUGAUGUGUAAAUAAUUCAUCCUGAUUAUAUGUCUUAUAUAAAUGUGACCUAAAUUUUAUAUGGAAAGGCAAUAAACGUGCUUAUUUUCUUUUGGGCAAUAAGUCUUUGUUUUUAUUGAAUUUCGUAAAAACAACAACUGAAAUAGGAAGUAUAAAGUUGAUUAUUAAAUUGUGUGUAUUUACUUUGCUGUUUUGGUCGUUUUGCUUUAGUAACUCUCCUAUGGAAUGGACCAAAAGACGCGAUACGAUGCUCUUCAGAGAGGUUUUGGUAGUCAAUCCAUAUCAAGCCAACAAGAAAACUGUCCAGCGAGGGCAACUUUGGCAAACAGUGGCUGCCAACCUGGUGCAACUGGAAGAGCCUGUGUUCAAGUGUUCGUUGUCGAAGCGAUCAGUUCAAGAUCGUUGCACUCUCUUGUGUGAAAAGCACAAGAAGAGAAUGAAGUAUGAGAUGAAAGCGUCGGGGAUAUCUCCACAAGUGACGGAAUUGGAUAAUUUGAUAGGAGACAUUGGAGAAAGAGGAGGCGAGCGAAGAGUUGAGGGCAACACAAGGUAUACAUUACAUAUUCAUAAAUACCAUAGAAUUAUCAUUGAUUUAUUUUAAGAAUUUUAUAAUUAUAAUGGGGAAUUUAAAGCCCAGACCUCAGAUAUGUAUAGAUGUCAGUAACCUAGACAUACUGAAAAGUUGAGGGUGGGAGCAAAGGCAUAAACCACUGUCAUUUUUUUUGGGUGAAGCACAGAAAAAGAAAGUUGAGCAAGAUCAGAGAAAUGCUGUGGAUAUUCGAAAGAAGGCAAUGGAAAGGUUUGGAGAGACAAAGAAAAGAAAAAUUGAUGAGGGAGAAAUUGAAGAGAAGAAGAGAAAGCGAAGGUCAGGAUCUGAUACGUUGCAGUUUGUAAUGGAACAGUCGGAAAAUGAAAUGAAUACGAGGGAGAAGGAACUGGUAUUAGAAAAGGAGAAACAAACAAGAGAGGAGCAGAGGCACAACGAUUUCAAAGAGAUGAUGGCACAGCAGAUGGCUCAACAGCAACAGCAAAUGGCCCAGUUCCAGAUGAUGUUCAUGCAACAAAACAAUUUAAUGCUGUCAAUUCUUGAGAAAAAGUCAUAA